AAAUAGCUGUAGUAGAAAAAAAAAAUCUGUCUUAUUGGGUGAUAGUGUUAUCUUUCAAUUUGGCGCAUGACAUUAAAACUAGUUCAAUUGAUCUUGAACUUUCAGUGAACUUCAGAAGGAAGUUGUUAUUUUCGUUGAUAAGACGCUACGAGCAUGGCGUCCCCUGUGCGCCAAAUUGGUUACAACAGUCCUCUGGAAGCUUUCAAGUCGGCAGAAAGAGAAAAACUGGCUUAUGUUACAUGUGUAUCUGCUAAAUGGCAAACAACGAAUAUUCCUGAUUUCAUAGCUACAGUGGAUUUGGAUCCCGAAUCAAGUACCUUUUCAAAAGUAAGACUAUCAAUCACUUUCGUAGUUGAUACCCAAGAAUUUCAUGAGAAGGGAAAAGCCGGUGGUCCUCAUACAGUGCAUUGUUUGCCAAGUGGUGAUGUCAUGAUAAGCUGCUUAGGUGAUGAAACUGGAGAAGCUAAAGGCACUUUUGUACUAUUAGAGCAAGGCACAUUCAAAGUGAAAGGCACAUGGCAAGACGAAAAUGAUAGUGUUGAAUUUAACUAUGAUUAUUGGUAUCAGCCUCGCCACAAUGUUAUGGUUAGCACAGAAUGGGCUGCACCCAAUGUUUUUAGAAAUGGAUUUUUUCUGGAAGACGUACAAAAAGGUCAUUAUGGUCACAGUAUUAACAUUUGGGAUUGGACUACCAGAAAGCGAAUCCAGCGAAUGGAUUUAGGAGCAGAAGGUCUAAUUCCACUCGAAGUUAGGUUCCUUCAUAAUCCUGAUUCAGCUAUUGGAUUUGUAGGUUGUGCUCUAUCGUCCACAGUUUUCAAGUUUCACAAGCACAGCGAUGGUUCUUGGAAAUCUCAAUUGGUCGCAAGAACUCCAAACAAAAAAGUAGCAAACUGGAUUCUUCCUGAAAUGCCGGGUAAAAUAUUUAGAUACAGAUUCAUUCCAGAACUGAAAACAGAAUAGUAAUUUAUAUGUGAUAUUAAACUUGAUUUUGUGCA